GAAGAAAGUGAGUUGAUUCCUGGGUCGAGUCAUUUUUCUAAGAAACUAAUUCCAUGAUAGUCAGAGACAUAAUGGAAGAAAAGCAGUUAAACUUGAAUCAGCCACUUUUAUCAGUAAGGCGGUUCUCAUCAAAAGUGACCUCUGAAACAGAUCACAAAAGGAAAACUGGUAAUUCAUUAGCCAGAUUUCCUUCUUACAAAUCAGAGUUAAAGUCAGGUCCAGUGAGGAAUGCUGGAAAUGUUCCUUUUAUAUGGGAGAAGACACCAGGAAGACCCAAGGAUGAAAGCAAAUUACAGACACAGGCUGUUGAGCAGCCUCCAAUGACUCCAAACCCUCCACCUGGGAGGGUUUCAAAAACUAAGCAACAAGAUUCUGAUAUAGUUUCAAAAGGUGCAUCAGUUACUGAGAUGAGAACUGGAAGCACUGUUUCCAAUUCUAAAAGUGUUGCAUCAUUGGAUAAAAAAGUAACAAAGCAUGAAAGCUCAAAGGAGGAAAUUCAGGAGAAGAAAAGUUCUGAUUCAGAUGAUGGUGAUGAGGUCUAUCUAGAUGCUCUUGAUACACUUUCUAGGACUGAAUCAUUCCUCAUGAGCUCUACUGUGAGUGUUUUGAGUGGAUGGGAUGAUCAAGAGGUCCAACCAUCUGGAAGUUUCUCAAGUGAUCAACAAGCUCGCGAUUUCAUGAUUGACCGAUUCUUGCCUGCAGCAAAGGCAAUGACAUCUGAACCACCUCAAUAUGCUUCAAAGAAGCCACUUGUUGGACAAGAACAACAAAAACAGCUAAAGAAAGUUGUUAGUAUAGAAAGGUCUCGUCCCCUUAAUCAGCAUAGGCCAAAAGCCUUGCCACAUUACACCCAAGAUAUUGGUAGGGAAGGAAGCAAAAAUGAAAGUGAUGAUUGUAGUGGAUCUGAAAACUACACACCUACAGCUUGUGGCCUAUUUCCUCGGUUCUGUCUUUUGAAUACAAUACCAGGAUCAAGAAUGGAGGAUAAGGUUCAAAGUUCUGCAGUUCAUGGAAUGCAGGGUAAUUCAAAUGCUUCUCGCAUUAAAACUACAAAAGAGCAUGCUAAAACUCCUUAUUAUAGGAAAAAGAAAUUAGAUUCCCUGUGUGGCUUUACAGAAGAAAAAGAGAUUUUGGAUUUUCAUGAAAAAUCUAAACAUAGCACUGAUCUACAUGGAAGAGGUUGCAGCAAACUAUUAGCCUGUGCGAGCUAUGAAAGCCCUAUUGUUGAGAAAACUCUAUAUGUAGAUUCUGUACAUAAGGUUAAGUCUCAAACCAAUCACAGAGGGGACGGUUUUGAGUCUUUGAGAAGAGAUAGUGGCAUUAAUAAUAUUCCUUCUAUAGAUUCUUUACUUGAGAGUAGCAAUGGUAUGCCAAUGGAAAUGACAAAUCUUUCCAAGAAAAUAGACUCAGAAAAGCAAGGACUGACAAAGCCUGGCAACCGAGGAUGUGACUUGGAUCAGGAUUUGGUUGUGAUUUCAAGUCCAAAAGUGGUUGAAUGUAAAAAGAUAGAUUUGGAAAGUCAAGUGUCUAGCAGUCAAAAAAAUUCUGAAGCUGAUUUAAAGAGCCAACAAGCUGCCAAAUUGAUUCAUCAAGAAUCUACUUUGUGUAGCUCAAAGGUGGGUGGUGAUGAGAAGAUUGACUUAGAAAGCCAAUGUAUUAUGAAGUUAGACCAUCAAGAAACAUCUGAUACAAGUUAUUUUGAGCUUCCUCUUGCCCUUCCUUCACUAAAAGCUCCAUCAGAGUCUUGGCUUAAGCGUACUUUACCUACCAUUACCUCAAGAAACAUGCCUUCACGGUCCAACCUUGCUGCAUACAUUUAUGCACUAAGUCAACCUGCCAAGACAGCAUCACUUUAUCCUAAGUGGGAAACAAUUGUUAAGCCUUCUCAUGUACAUCAUGGGCAUCUGCACUUCCCUGAGGUAGAACUACUAGCACCCAUUCCAGAAGCUUGAGCAUUUUGGAGAGAAGGCC